GGCAGGAAGGGUUAAAAUUACCUUUAAUUAACUGACUCCCCUGGUCCCUGCUGUAAGAGUAUACAGCCCUGGCACAGUGCUGACCCAGCCAGGCUGUGCCUGCGUGUGCCCUGGGCAUCCUGGCAGGCAGGAGGAACAGAUACUCUCCUCUCCCCCUCGCAGGAAAGCAGCAGGAGCACCAGAAUGAUCUCAACAAAACCAGCUCGGCUUGUGCACAGCAGACAGAAGGCAGCGGUGCUGUGCUGUGGGACAGGGCACCUGGGAUGAGAUGGUCCCUGCCGUGAAGAGACAGCCCAGGGAGGAGGAUGAGGCACAGGGACACUGUGCUGGGCUGCUCGCUUCAUAGCUGCUGGAGAGAGGCCACCCCUCUGCACAGGGCUGCAGACCAUGUUCCACCUCUUCUCCCACUGCUGGUCCUGGCUGCAGGCCAUUCAGGAGCCCACCAGGAAGGUGACCCUCCUUGUCAUGGGGCUGGACAACGCAGGGAAAACCUCCGUGAUCGCGGACAUGGAGAGAGCGCUGGCCGCGGAGGUGCUGCCCGCUGCGCAGCCGGGCCAGAGCCGCCUGCGGGUGGACAGCUUCGAGGUGACGCUGCUGGAGCUGCCCGGGGGACAGCGCUCCCGCAGCGCCUGGCGCGGCCGCUACAGCCAGGCGCACGGGCUGCUCUUCGUCCUGGACUCCGGUGACCUGGCACGGAUGGAGGAGGCCCGCAAGCUCCUGAGCCGCGUCCUGAGCCAUCCUGACGUCUCCGGAAAGCCGCUCUUGCUGCUGGCCAACAAGCAAGACGCGGCGGCGGCGCUGCUGCCCGGCGAGCUGAUCGAGCGGCUGAGCCUGGAGCGGCUGGUCAACGAGAACCGCUCUCCGUGCCGCAUCGAGCCCUGUGUCGCCCGGCGGGUGCCCCCCGCGGGCCCGGCCCGCAGCACCGUGCAGGGGCUGCGCUGGCUGCUCCGCGCCGCCGCCGCCCCGGCCCCGCCGGACCCCGUCCCGAGGGCCGCCCGCAGGGACCGGCCGCCCCCCGGGGGAGAUGCUCGGGAGGGCGCGGGGAAGAACGGGGAGCCCCGGGCGCUGCGCCCCGUCUGCCGCCUCCUGCCCCUGGAGGAGAGCGCCAAGGGCCCCAGGAGGAGGAAGAGGAAGGUGAAGGUGAAGAAGAAGGGCUUGGGGCAGCCAAGCCCAGCCGAGGAGCCGGAGGGGCCGGGAGUAGGGGCUGCAGGGGGGCUGCUGCUCCCCAACAGGGUCGGGCAGGAGGAGCCCGUACCCAUCGGGAUGGCCACCCCCCUCCCAGCACAGGGUAUGAAAAAGAAAAAAAAGAAGAAAAUCAAGAAUAAAAUCAAGUCCCGGGAACCUUCUCUGGAGCAGCAGCGUGAGGAGGUCUCAAGUACCUUUGAUCUGUACCGCCGGGCGAUGCUGGCUCUGAAGAUGAGGCAGGAGCAGAGGAAGCAGCCAUCGGCCAUCGCCCCCUGAGCACGGGGCUGCGGUCCCGGAGCAGCCAGGCUGCAGUGGCGGUGGGCCCCUUGCUCCUGCAGAGCUGCCGGUGCUUGGCCAGGGCUGGCAGAGCUGGGAAACGGGUCCUGGGGCAUAAACAGCAUCUUUGUGCCCUGCGUGGCUGGAAAACCAGGGAUCCACAGGGGCGAGCCAAAAGUCCCUUUGUAAGACGCCUCUCUGGCAGCCGGGCUGCAAACCCGAGUGAAAAGGGAACGGGCGGCCCCUUGCCGCCCCCUGUUAGUAUUCCGUGGAAGACUCCGUGUAAACCCGGAUGAGUCUGUGGAGGAGAGGAAGAUCGAGCAAACAGCAGGGGGAAAGCUUGUCUCUUGAAUUGACCUGUGCCCGCCGAAAGCUGUCUUCGCAGGUCAGCGCUGACCUGGCCCGGCACUCCCUGCUGCUGCCUGGAACGGCCUCGUUCCCUGCCGGUGAAGGAGGGAGGGCAGCCCCAGGGGGUCUGCAGAGCAGCUCCACAUCUGCCAGGGCUGUCAGGACCCGCUUCACACACCGGAGGAAGGUGAUGCCCGUGUUUGUGCAGCCCGUCAGUGAACAUUUCAGUUCAAAGGCAGCUGGUGGCAGAGGCUCCAUCCCCAGGAGCAUUCCUCCCGACCCUGCCAUCCUUCCAGGAGGGUCACUGUCGCCGGCAGCCUGGGCCCCUCUGCCCCAGGUGGUCCCUGCUGUGAGACGGGAGGAGCAGCAGCACAGCCGUCCGAGCUCAGCCUGUGUCACACCGUGUGUGCCAGGGC